AAUAAAUACAACAAUAAAAGCAUUAAAAAAUUUUAGCCAAAAAAAAAAGUGAACAAAUUUCGAGAAGAGAAGCCGCACUUGGUCUUCUCGCACGUCGCCAAAGAUUUCACCAAUAAAAGCAUUGAAAUUUUGAUUCCCAUUCGGAUGAUUUCCAUCGUCUCCGCAGUUUGAGAUCCAGAUCUCAACCCCUCAUGUGAUGCAUAAUUGUUUAUUCAGAAGCCAAUUAGAGAAGCUUAUGAGAAAGUGCAUAUUGCAUUGAGUGGAAGUAAAACUUAGUAGACAUGGCACCUGCAAGCAAAGCAAACAAGAAGGCAGCAUUAGAUGCCGCCUCUUGGAUGUUUAACAUUGUCACCUCAGUUGGAAUCAUCUUGGUGAAUAAAGCAUUGAUGGCGACCCAUGGUUAUAGUUUUGCUACUACAUUAACUGGCUUGCAUUUUGCCACCACCACUCUGAUGACCUUAGUUCUUAGAUGGUUAGGAUACAUUCAGCCCACUCAGCUACCGUUUUCUGAACUUGUCAAGUUUGUCCUAUUUGCUAACUUAUCGAUUGUUGGGAUGAAUGUAAGUUUGAUGUGGAACUCAGUGGGAUUUUAUCAGAUUGCAAAGCUAUGCAUGAUCCCUGUAUCAUGUUUACUAGAAGUUCUGUUGGAUAAGGUUCGCUACUCCAGAGACACAAAGCUUAGCAUAGUGGUGGUAUUGGUGGGAGUUGCAGUGUGUACUGUGACUGAUGUGAGUGUUAAUGGUAGAGGUUUAUUAGCUGCAGUCAUAGCAGUUUGGAGCACAUCUUUGCAACAAUAUUACGUCCAUUUUCUUCAAAAGAAGUAUGCACUCGGAUCUUUCAACCUUCUAGGCCACACUGCACCGGCGCAAGCAGUGUCAUUGUUGCUGUUAGGGCCCUUUCUGGAUUAUUGGUUGACGAAUAAAAGAGUGGAUAUGUUCGACUACAAUGUGACUGCCGUGGUCUUUAUCAUUUUAUCAUGCACAAUUGCGAUCGGUACCAAUCUCAGCCAGUUCAUAUGCAUAGGCCGAUUCACUGCAGUGUCAUUCCAAGUCCUCGGCCACAUGAAAACCAUUCUUGUCUUGGUUUUGGGAUUCAUAUUCUUCGGCAAAGAGGGUCUUAAUCUUCAUGUGGUUCUUGGCAUGCUGUUAGCAGUGUUAGGAAUGAUCUGGUAUGGCAAUGCAUCGUCAAAACCCGGCGGUAAAGAACGCAAGAGCUUUUCAUUACCGAUCGAUAACAAAUCUCAGAAACAUGGUCUGCUGUCAGAUUCAAAAGAGCUUGAUGAGAAAGUAUAGAUUGAAGACAUCGAAGAAAUACCGGUUAUUUCCAGUUAGCAGUUGGGAAGGGCAUAAAAACUGCACAGAGCCUGCUUUCUUUUCUUCUCAGAACAUGGUUCAGAGUCAUGCCUUUCUCAAAUUUUUUUAUUUUUAAUUUUAUUUUUAUUUUUGCCAGACUAUUUUUGGGGUUGAUUGUUCUUGUUUUAUAUAUAUAUAUAUAUAUAUUGAUAAAUUGUAUAACAGGAAAUCAACUCACUUAUAGAGAA